AGGUCCAAGUUUUGUUGAAACUCUUAGCAAACCCUGUUAGCUACCUGUAUUUCGGUGCACGACACUGUUUCCAUCAAACCUUUAUUCGUCCCAUAGUAGACCCAGAAUGAGACUCGUGUCUUUUUUUGUCUUCGCCCUGAGCGCCGUGGUCUCUUCACAGUUAGUCGUCGUACCCCUCCAUCGAGGUGGGAGAGGCUUCGCCGGCCCUCAGAUGCCACCAGGCCUCAAGCUCGACCCAAAUCAACGCCCAAUCGUAGAGUCUUCGGGACACGGCCCGGACUCUCCCUCCGCGGGAGGUUCCAGUUCAGUCAUGCUCUCGGACGUGAUGGGCCGGGAUCGGAGCAUCAACAUAUUCGCCGGCAUGACACGCGACAUCGGGUCCGUGUCCCAGCGCCUCGAAGAUUCGUCCAAGAACUCGGUUGUUCUGGCUCCCCUGAACUCGGCCAUCGACAACCUUCCUAGGAAACCCUGGGAGGACCCGGAAGAGUACAGUGCGCUGGGCGCGAAUGCCUAUGAGGGAGAGGAGGGUUACGAGCGGGCGCAGAGGAACCUGCAACGGUUCGUCGAGGCGCACAUAAUCCCCCUUCACCCGUGGCCGGAGGGCAAGAAAGUCAAGCCUAUUGGCAAUGAUAGGGAAGUCUGGUGGGAGGAGAGGGAUGGCACUAAAGUGAUCCAGCCAGACAAUAUCGAGGUUGUCGAUGUUGCGGGUUCUGUUGCGAAUGGUCAACUGUGGAUUCUGAAGGGUGUACGAAACUACUGAUAUUCGUCUGUCCGAGACGAAAUGGUUCGUGAUGAAGCAAAGCGGUGGUUAGCUGUACGUCUGUAUUUUGCCUCAGGUUCAUUGACACCAUUGGCACACCGUUAUGGCUUGCUUUCCGAGGGACAUGGAUAACACUGAAUGGCGUUGGGUUUGGAUCAUGACGGGAAUUAGUUAUCGAGGCUGGACCAGACUCUAAUGAUUAUGAAUGACGGGGAAUGGAAAUAUACCUACCUACUUGAUAAUUGUCUGCUACGUAUACAGCUUCCACCGCCACCACAAGACUAGGUAGGUACCUACCUACUCACCAGGCAGGCCAGUUGCCUUGGAUAAUUACCAGCAAAGUGGUGGGCUUGGAAUUUCCAUUCAUGGAGGAUUAGAGUAUCUAAAGGGCAAUACCGCAGCAUAUACACCAAGACUGUCUGAUAAUUUAUUGACCUUUGCUCUCGCUUCUGCCGCAGGGACAGCUGCAUUGUGCUUAGAAGUCUAAAG